AUGGCGAACACAUUACGUGAAGAACAUGCCCAAGAAAAAGAGGAUGUGCGGUCUCCUAUAUCAAAUAUCAUAUCCUCCAUAGCAUGGUUUGCUAGCGAUCAGUGGUUCAUGAUUACUCUGUUACUAUUGAUCUUGGUCGCCUCUCAGGUACAAGUGCCUAGUCAACAACAGGCUACCAAAGAGACGGUGAUCAAAUAUGCGACCGUUGCUGUCAUCUUCCUCAUCAACGGCUGCACAAUAUCAACGCAAAUUCUGGUACAAACCUUGAAACGUUGGUAUAUCCAUAUAUUUGUCCAGGCCUUAUGCUUCUUGCUCACCUCCAUCACUACAUUUGCUGUCGUUCAAGCCACGGCAACAAAUCAAAAUGCUAUUGACGCUGCUUUGCUCAAUGGCUUUGUGCUUAUGGGGUGCCUUCCCACGGCUCUCUCUUUCAACACAAAUAUGACCAAGAAGGCCAAUGGCAACGCUGCGCUAACACUCACUGAAUCUGUGCUGGGUAGCGUCAUGGCGCCUGCUAUCUCAACUGUUCUCAUGACAACAUAUUCUUCGGGCAAUUUCUGGUACGCCGAGAUACUACCACAAGGUUCGACCUCCUAUGGUGCAUUGUACAAGAAAGUUUUUCAACAGCUGGGCCUUACUCUGUUUCUUCCUCUGGCAGUGGGCCAACUCCUGCAAUACUUCCUGCCAGAAAAGACACGACAGGCCAUGACGACAUGGAAGGGAAGCAAACUUGCAUCUUUUGCCCUGCUGGCCCUAAUAUGGUCUGCUUACGAUGGUGCUUUCUCCGCUGAUUCUUUUGCCACCUUGGAUACGAAGAACAUCGUCUAUUUAGUCUUCGUCAAUAUCGGACUCUUCUUGAUUUGGAUAGCCUGCGCACUUUUGCUGUCGGUGCCAUGGCUAUCACAGGAAGACUGUAUCGCAGUUGCGUUCUGCGUGCCUACCAAGACGCCUGCACUGGGCAUACCAUUGGUCACGAUUAUAUUUGAAGGCGUCUCAAGCACUGAUGCUGCUAAAUUGUAUAUCCCCAUGAUCGUCUACCAGUGUAUCCAAACCUGCCUGGCGAGCUUAGCUACCAUCCCCCUCAAAAGGUGGCAAGCUCGUACAGCAAGGGGUAGUAGUUCUAGCAAUGAGACUAUCAGCUAG